AUGACUACUAUUCCUGUAGCUCCAUUUGCUCGUGCUGAACUCACCUGUAUAUCUGAUACCUCAACCUAUGAUGACAUUGAUAAUUUAUCUCCGGCAUCAACGUCGACAUUAGUGUCGAACAAGUCAUUGACACCUAGUCCUGUCAUCAUUAAUAGUAGUAGUAGUAAUAAUACUAAAUAUCCAACGCCAAAUAGUAACAAGCUUGGUAAUGGUGCGGCAAAAAGUGUAAAGAAAUUUUAA